UGACUCUGUACUCACUUUCAGUCCUGGCCUGACGGUUAGAAGCUUCUGGUCCUGUCCGGUACACUCCAAUGCGUAAUGGCCGAACCUCCGGUUCUCUUGUGGGGCUCUGGUGUGGAACACCUUCUCACUUAUGGUGCACUGAUGCCGCUUUUAGAAGCGGCUUUGGCGAAGUUCUCCGGCGGGGACACCGCUGAGGUCCUGCAGCCUGUUCGUAGCAGCGUGGCCCUGAAGAAACAUGUUGGAGUCAUGGGCCUGAUGCCGGCCUACAUGGAGAACGAUGGAAUCCUGAGCACGAAGGUGGUUUGCUUUUACCAGAGAAAACCUGGAUCCACUUUACCAGGAGUUCAGUCCACCGUGCUGCUGCUGGAUCCAGAAUAUGGGAACGUCAAAGCUGUCAUAGAUGGAGAGGUCAUCACCUCCAUGAGGACAGCUGCCGUCUCUGCAAUCUCUGCCAAGCUCUUGAUGCGUCCAGAUGCUGAGGUUCUGACCAUCCUGGGAACAGGCAGACAGGCUCUGAGUCAUUACAACGUCUUUAUGGAAAUAUUCCCCUUCAAAGAGGUCCGCGUUUGGAGCAGAUCAAAAGACAACGCUGAGAGAUUCAGCACGUCAGUCCGUGGCCCAGUGAAGGUCUACAGUUCUGCAGAGGAGGCAGUGAGAGGAGCAGACGUCAUCAUAACGGUGACCAGAUGCACUGAGCCGGUGCUGUUUGGGCAGUGGGUCAAACCAGGAGCCCACGUAGCAGCUGUAGGAGCCUGCAGGCCUGAUUAUAGAGAGUUGGACGACGUGCUGAUGAAGGAGUCCGUGUUGUACGUCGACAGUAGAGCCGGAGCCAUGGAGGAGUCUGGUGAUGUCAUUCUCUCUGGGGUGGAGGUAUUUGCAGAGAUAGGUGAAGUCAUCAGUGGGAAAAAACCUGCUCUGAGAGAGAAGACGACGGUGUUCAAAUCUCUGGGAAUGGGUUGUGAAGAUGCUGUUUCUGCUAAGCUGAUGUAUGAACAGUGGAAAGCUGAAAGAUCCUGAGCUCACGUUGGAUCCAUCAGAUUUAUCUACACAAAUCACAAAUGAAAUCAACUAACAGUUAAAUUGUGCAAAUACUUUAAGAAAUGAUGAACAGCAGUGACAUUUGUUACCAUCUUUAUAUGUUGAGCUGCUUUUGUGAUAGCUUAGUCAUCUUUGACCUUUUCUCAGAACAGAUGGUUCUCUAACUUUUUUACUUGUGAUGACUAAUGAUUAAUUAAAGUCCUCCCUAUUAUAAUUAGUUAAUGUGACACUUUAAAACUCUGUUCCUCUUUGAUCCAAAUACCAUUCAAGGAGUCAACCUGGAACGUAAUUAAAAUAAAACUCUAGCUUCUA